AUGGUUCUUCGUCUACCAUCGCAGCUCGAGUCGUUUGUUCCUCCUCCUGCUUCUCAAGCACUCAAUGCUGCAGAUGCUGUCUACACUCCUUGGAGAGGUCAAUUCCUUGUUAGUGGCACUCGGGCAUCUGACAUAGGCAGCAAUGUCAACAUUCGAGUAACUGGCGUGGAGACUGAUGGAGAGACACAAAGUCAUCUUUGGCCUAGUCGGUUUGUAUUUUCGGUAACGAGUCCCCACGCACUCCCUAUUUUUGCUCAACUGCAAAAUUACCUGAGGCAUCACUCUCCUUCAAUUCCAUUGACAACAUUCAUGCCGGAUCGUAUAAGAGAUUCCGACCAAAACGCUGUCAAUCAAAGUCAGUUCCGCUCUUUGUCACGACUUCUUUGGGAUGGCCAACUCGUUGCGAUUGUGGCUAUCGCUUUGAGUAGAUCACCUACUUCUCCUGGAGGGUCAGGUAGACACGGGAUACUACUCUUUCCUUCGCCGAACUCUAGUGCUGUCCUUUUCGGAGCAGUGUUCCUCACUCCAACAGACACUUUCCCAGAUUUCGUAUAUCCUCAGGGAGCAAUACAAUCAGCUCCGAGCUUCGCUCCUAUGUAUGGCAGCUCCCUGCUGAGAGGGAGAAGCUCCGCGCCUAUCUCUUCAUCAUCCUUCAUUGGCGGUCAUCCUCCCGGAUAUGAACAGCGUCAUAUCGAUCCUAUGCCGUACUCUUCGAGUUCUCAGAUGCAAUCACAAAGCGGUCAACGACACUCUGUCAGUCCUACUUCUGCCGCCGAACGUCACUAUGCAUCUCCUGUUUCGUCCCAGGACCGGGCGGCGUACGGUCAAUCUCUUGCUUACGAGGAGAAUAGCCCAUAUUCGGCGAGAUAUCAAUCCGAGUUUGGGUCCUCCACAGACCGAGGUUCUACAUACCCCUACCCCGCUCAUGGUCCUUCCACAAGUCAUUCUGGUCACAGGCAAUGA